AUGCCUACGAAAACUCGCCCAGUUGAGAAGAUCGCUAAGGCUGCCGCCCAGUGCUCUGUGGAGGCUGCGGCAUAUGGCAAAUGUGUGGUUUCGGACUAUAACUCCGUUCACAAAGAUAUGUGCGCAAAAGAGUUCAUGAGAUUGAAGGAUUGUUUCCUUCCAUCCCUCAUAGUUAACAACCCCAUGCAGGCUGCCUCUAAGAAGGGUUGA